AAAAGAAGAAGAAGAAAAACAAGAAGAAGAAGAAGAAUUUACAACGCGGGUUUCUGAGAGUUGGCUUAUUGUACCCAUGGGACGUGAAUGAACAUGUUUGUCAAAAGUUGAUAUUUUAGUAAACGGCCGCUGCUUUGCAAUGAAGGACCUUAAACAGCGGCAUGCAUCCCUUUUCCUGGAAGUUCGUUGCCAAGAUGAGACACCCCGUCUCCCCUUGCACUCCUCCAUCGUCGUCUUCCUCCUGUCCUAUUCUGAGUGCAAGUCUUUCGAAGUUCACCUUGUCUCCGACAAGAUUGACAGCUCCCUGACCCUCCAGGGUCAGCUGCCAGAAUUCCUGGCCUUGCGGGACGUCCGGCCAGAGGAACUGCCUAUGCUGGUGCGAGGCUGCCGGCUACCUGCCGUCCUGGAUGAGACCGGAACGCUCUGCAGGGCUGGACUGGCUGUGGUCUUGAGGCACAUCAUCAACAAGAGCGUCGAGACUGAACCCUCCAAGAACGAUGUGCGGCAACUGCUGGGCUUCAAGAAGACUUGUCUCAAAGCCUGUGCUGAGGUGAGCAAUUGGACCAGAUUGUGUGAAAUUGGCAUCCCGUCUGCCGUCGAAGAGUACCUCCGAAAUCCCAACAGCCAGCAGCAUCACCCACCACCUCCCGCCAUCCUCACCCUGGAGCAAAGGCUGUCCGAGCCCGUCAAAGUGCACAACGAUGACAAAAUCCGCAGACAGAAGCUCAAGCAGCUGAGACAAAACGAAAACAACGACUCGCCUGAAGGGAGCAUGGAUUCCGACGCGGGUGAUGGACUUGAGCUCAAGGCCGCUCUGGCUAAACUUUCUGUAGCAGCAGCCCCGACUCCUACCACCAGGGAGCGCUACGAGAUCAGAAAAGUCAAGACCAACGAUCUGCCCUUGCUGGAGCACGUGUUCGCUGAGGGGUUAUACUUCACUCUGACUGAUGUGGUCCUGUUGCCAUGCAUCCAUCAGUACCUGGUGAGCUGCCGGCUAAUCAUUAAAGCCUGUCUCACUCUACACCACCUCCCCCACCUGCUGCGCUGGUACAGCCAUGUUCAGGAGGUGCCUGGGGUCCUUCGGGCCGCCAAAGCCUGCAAGAUCACUCUUGCAGUCCCUGAAAAUGCACUGCCACUUGCAGCUGAGCCACCGGUCGAAGGUAACCUGGCGAGUCCACUGGAGCGAGAGGAGGAGACCACCACGCAGCUGCCUUUUGUUGGUGGGCCCCGGCCCACCAUAACCAAACUUAAAGAAAAUGGCAUUGAGGCGGCCUUUGCUCAUCAUCCUUGCCCGGAAUGGACACUCCCAUGGGACCGCUUACCAGAUGCCAUGAACCCCACGGAAGGGAAAAUGUCAAACAUCCGCACAGUCAGGAAGAGGCAACAGCUGAAUAAUUUAGUUGCCAUGGUGACGCAGCUAGCCAAACCAGGAUACACUGUGGUGGACUUCUGCAGUGGAACGGGCCACGUGGGCAUCGUUCUGGCUCACACCCUCCCACUUUGUCAGGUCAUUCUCAUCGAAAACAAGGAAGAAUCUCUGAUCAGGGCACACAGUCGCAGUGUAGAACUCGGUCUACAAAACAUUGGCUUCAUUCAGGCGAAUUUAGAUUAUUUCACCGGACCCUUCCAAAUUGGGGUCGCACUCCACGCGUGCGGCGUGGCGACAGACAUGGUGAUGGAACACUGCAUCAAGGCAGGCGCCGCGUUCGUCAUCAGCCCCUGUUGCUACGGCUUCAUCCAGAACGCUGUAAAGUUCACCUUCCCGCGCAGCAAAAAGUUCCAGGAAGCGCUUAUUUACAAGGAACACAUGAUGUUGUGCCGCUUUGCCGACCAAACUGCUCCCCAGCUUCCUCCUGAGAGGCGACUCAUAGGGAAGCAGUGCAUGGGCCUCGUAGACUUGGACCGUUCGUGGUGCGCGGAAUCUCAUGGCUACAGGGUGCAUGUGAUGACCAUGGAGCCGGAGACUUGCUCGCCGAAGAACAAUAUGCUGGUCGGAAGGCCCAGCGUUGAAGAUGGCCCUCACUAAGAGUGUGAGAGUAUCAAAUGGAAACUUGAUUUGCAUUUUUUAAUUUAAUUUUUUAAUGUUGAAGGCGACUACGGUCGUCACAUUUGGAUCAAUAAAGAUGGAGGCUAGUUCUUAA